AUGAGUGGUUUUCAUGACAUCGCCACUAACUUUCGAUGUUCGACAAACAACAUUAAUGAAGGAAUAGUAAGACAACAAAGCAGACAGAAAACUCUAAAAUUAUGGCGCUCAAAUUCUUUGGUAAACAUUGCUGGCAAUUCAAAUAAAAAGAGUCCUGUUUAUGAAUCGAGUCCGAAUACGGAGCGAUUCAGAAAAUAUGGCAACACUGAGAGUGUGAACAUACUCGACGGUAUUAAGAAUAGAAAGCAAAUUUGGAGACUAAAGGAUUUUGAAAGCACCUUAAACAAUUGGGAUACUUUAGUUACAAUAGUACUCGUACAUGCCAAAGGUCUUCCUCUGCCGCCAGAUGAUGGUGCAGCCCACGAACUAUAUUGCAAAUUUAGUUGCGUUUUAGAUUUAUCUACCUUAGAAAAGGAGCGCACUCAUGAAAUUUGGCAGCAGUUGGAUGAUGGUUACGGUUUCAUACAUUUGUCUUUGACAAUGUGCGUUAUACGCGAUGUGCCAGCACAGCGAAGCGAAAAUAUCAAGACAGACGACCUGCAACAUAAAGACCAUAAUAUCCAUGAUUUAAAAAGUGAUUGGAAAUUGGUAGGCUCUUUACAUGUAAAAGUUAUUAAAGCAAAAGGGCUAAGUGGGAAGCCAAGCGCUUAUUGUAAAUUGGAACUAAAUAAUGAAAGAGUGCGAACCCAUAGAACAAAUUCUAGAAUUGAGCCGAUGUGGAAUAAGAGUUACGUGCUUGAUGUCCACGAUGUUACAUCAGUACUUAAAAUAACAGUGCUCGGUAGUUCAUUACCGAACGCGCUUUUGGAUGAAUUUCUCGGACAAGUUUCCAUUCCUUUAUCUCUUUUUGAAUGGGAUAAUCGGGAGCUGUCAGCUCUUGCAUUGCUGGUUUGGUUAAUAUUCUGCUACCACCUUAAGCCCUGGGCAGUGCCAUUAAUUCUCUUAUUACCAUUCUUAUUUUUUUGGACUUGUACAUGGAUUCAAGGAGAAAGCACAGAUAACGACACAGAGGACCUUGAAAGAACACAAGAUAGUCGAAAGGAUAACAAGGGACUAGGAGAAAAAAUAAAUGAUAUGCAAGGUGUAACAACAACUGUAUCCUUUGCAUUAAAUAUUGCGCUGUCACUGAUUGAAAGGAUUAUCAACCUAAUUACAUUCAAGGUACCGUUUUUAAGUUACGUGGCUAUGUCAUUACUGCUCGUAGUUUCCGUAAUGUUAUAUUUUAUGCCGUUCAAUUAUUUAUUGAUGCUAUUCGGCAUUUACAAAUUUAUCAGGAAAUAUUUAAACCCAGAUCGAAUGUUAAACAAUGAUUUAAUAGAUUUCAUCUCAAGGAUACCGGAUAACAAACUAUUGAAAGAUUGGAAGGAACUCAAUGUUCCCGAACCGACUCAGUAA